CGCUAAAUUCAACCCUCAACUCUUUCUUAUUUUCCUCCAAUCCAUCAUUAUCAUACUUUUUUUUCUAAAAAAGACAAAUAAAUAAAUUAAAUUAUUAACAAUAAAUUUUAGUGAUUGAAAUCGAAUUGAACCAAAUAGAAAUCCUCCCCCAAUGACUUCCUUAGUCCUUCCUGUUCCUUUCCUUCUUCUUCCCGCUGAAGCAGUAAUUUCACUGCCAUAAAAACCCACUCACACUCGGUUUCCCCCGCAGACCGCACACGCUCUCCCCUUCUCCGCCACUUGCUCUUUAAUUAACUCGCCCUUCCGUCCUAUUCCACCGGUUUCCGUCCUCUCUCCACCCCGAUUCCCACAUCGCUACAAAUCCAGAUUCUCCCUCUUCUUUCACCGAAUCACGUUUCUCUGGGGACUAUAAACAAGGAUAUAGUCUUUUUCUGUUGGGUUUUUUCCUUACCCUGCUCUGCUUCACUGUCACGAUUAGCUGGAAUUGCGAGGCUCUUUGUCUUUGUGGGUGGCGGCUAGAUUAGUGAGAGUGUGAGAGAGAAAAGGCAUCUAGCGAGUGGGGUUUGAGAUUUGGAGGAGGAGGAGCUGGCUGUGGGGACGCUCGAGGGAGGGGACGACAACAACGCCCACGAUCUGUUUGGUUUUAUUCCUCUUAGAAGAAGACUAGGGAGGUGGUUUUUUCGAUUUUUGAGUGACAAUCAAUCAUGCCAUCAGGGGCGAAGAAGAGAAAAGCUGCUAAGAAAAAGAAGGAACAGCAGGCCUACCACCACCAUCCCAAUGGGAACAACCCACAAGGUCAGCCCUGGUUUUACUACCCUUUCUCUCUUUUUUAUUCCAGCAAAAAGAUCUACUAAAUUUCGAUCCAUGCCCUUGUGUUGGGGUUGGGAAGGAGGAACCAAUCAAUCACUCCCCUUUCCACGCCUUGAUUAUCUGUCAUCCAAUCAUACUUUCCGUCGCUGGCCUUUAUAUGUCGGCCCUUCUCUCUGUUAGUUGUUCGUGGCGGUGGAUGAGCGGGUUCUGGGUUCCUUAGCCGGCCAUUGCUCUGGGAUUGUUGUGUUUUUUUGGGCUCGCCGGGUUUCUGUUCAAUUCGGGGAAGAUGGGAAACGGUGAUCAAAAAGUUGAAGAUGAGAGGGACAGUGAUAUCUCUGAGUUGAAUUCCCCAGGAUCAGAAGGGAAUCCUCAUCAUCAGGAUACAUUCAGGGAGGGCAAUGGAUUACCCGAAAAAACUGGGAUUGCUGCUGAGAACCAAAUUGCAGAGAAUCCAAAUGGAGAAGCUGGACCAAGUGAUGAAGCUGGACACCAUGAUGAUGUAGUGAUUAAGAGGGAGGGAGAUGAGAAGUCUUCUGAUCAGGAAGUUAAGAGCCGUGAGGUUACCAUUGAGCACAUAGAUUCUGGAAAGUCCUCUGAUGGUGACAGAAGCUCAACUAGCAGCAGCAGUUCUUCUGAUGAUGAAUCUUCAACAGUUCAGGAUAUGCAUAAAGAAGUGGUGAUACAAGUUUCUGAAGCACAACAGCAACCACCCAACGAAGUUAUCACUGAGAUGGAAUCUGCUGAAGUUGUGAAUCCUGCGGUGAAGUUGCCCACAUCUUAUCAGUCUAAUGAAGUGCUAUUGCCUUCGGAUUCUGGUAAAAAUCAAGAAGUUUUCCCUACAUCAGAUCAGAAUGUUGAGGUGAUUGUGACUAGUAAAACUGUGAGUGAAGAUAAAACAACAACAUCAUUAGGUUCUGCUACUGAAACCAGUAUUCAUCAGGAUGCUUCUACUGAAACCGGUGUUGAUGCGGUCUAUGCUAAAGACACCAAGAUUUCUGAAUCAAUCGAGAAACAGCCUCUUGUGACCAACAAUGCUCCACAUUUAGCCCAACGAACCUCCUGGUUUAGCUGCUGUGGCUUAUUGGAUGCGGUUUCCAGUCCCGAUCGGUGAUGCCAGACACAAAGCAGGAUGAAUCUUGGGCAGGCAAUUGGGAAGAUUUGUUCCAGCUAGGAGUUAAGUCUUUUUGCGAAAGGGAAAAGGAGGGUAAAUGAAUUUUCUGAAUAAAGAACGAGGAACAUAUUAUAGAGGGAAGCUUUUCAUUUUGUUACAAGGUUUUAGAAAAAUAGCUAGGUACUGCUUAGUUUUACCAUACAGACUAUGUCUUCCCUCCAAGGGUGUGCUCUGAUUGUUCAGUGGUGUCAAUAGAACAGAGUGUUUGUUGUAUCUGCUUCGUUUAUAUGAUUGUCAUUGACGCUUGUUUCAUCGUCGGAAAUGGUACCAUCUUUAUCAGCUACUUGCCUCAUUCGUUAGAAGGCAGCUGCAACUAGAGUUGUGCAAAGCUUUGGUUCACAUUAGUCGAUUUUGGCCAAAUCAACUUUUGGAUCGAAUUGAAUGGGGCCAGAUUUUUGCUU